CUCGGCCGUGCCAACAUUACUUUUUACUGUAGACGUGCAGUGGGUCAUUAUCUGACUGUUACUCUGCUAGCGCACAACUCAAAGCAUUUGAACACUUUGCUUUAAUAGGUUCCUGAUCUUUGUCAAGAGCUUUUUAAACAAGGUUCAAGGGUUAACCGUUAUUAGGAUACUACAGAAGUAAAGAAAGGCCUGGGAAGCAGGGUCUAUCAGCGGAGGAUCGUCGAGCCGCCUUGGGGCCGUGGACUGGCCGUGUUCUUAGGGCCUACCACGUGCUCAAACCCCUAGAGCAGCAUGGCUACUAGUCAGAAGGGCAUUGGCAUUCCGGUGAAGCUUCUUCACGAAGCAGAGGGCCAUGUGGUUACAGUGGAGCUAAAGACUGGAGAAAUGUACCGCGGCGAGCUAUCAGAGGCGGAGGAUAACAUGAACUGCCAGCUGAAGGACGUGACGGCCACCGGCCGCGACGGCAGGGUGUCGCAAUUGGCGCACAUUUACAUUCGCGGCAGCCGUGUACGCUUCUUCAUCAUCCCGGACAUGCUCAAGAACGCGCCUAUGUUCAAGCGCAUUGAUCCCAAGUUCAAGAACAAGAACAUGGCGCUGGGUGUGGGUGGUCGCGGUCGGGCCGCCGCGGUGCGCGCUGCUGCCAAAGCCAAGACGGGGCCGUCUGGUCGGGGACGGGGGUAAUUCGUUAGGGGAUGGCGUCUAGGGAUUAGCCGGGCGCUGGUGCGGUCGUUAUGUCGGUGGAAUGCGGUGACAUGCCCUGGGUGGCCUGGGUUUGCGUUAAGGGGUGAUGGCCUGGGGGUCGGGUUAACCGCAAAUGCAUUCGCCCGUUGACCGUGUACCGUGCGGCUGUGUUAUCUGACGGGGUAUCGUGUUGCAGAUCUGGGGUUGGGGGAGCGCUGUGGCUGUACGGAAACGGGACCGUGGUUGGUUAGGGUAUAGCUCGUGGGGCUUUUGCCUUUAACUAGUGAUUUGUGUUGGCUUGGAGGAAGGCGCGUUCAGUAGCUUGUCGGGUUGUGCACGUGGUGGGUGUGGCCGGUGUUGCUCCAGGCCAGGCUACUGGUUGCCGUUAGUGAAUGCACGGCAGUUGGACGGCACAGGACGGAAGUUCGCUAAGAACGUUGAAGAGCGCAGAAACAAUUACAACUUUAUGUCGUAUGACAGUGUGAGAGACAUGUGCUGUGGUCCCUAAAGCUUACAGUGUGGACGCGUUUGGGAUUUCGCAACGACUGUUGCCUGCCAUGUCCCUAUUGGAACCCCUAAGGGGUGAACAGUAACGAUGAUGGAGGAUGACCUUGUAGCUAUGAAGUAAAGCGGACGUAUUUCCAGACCGAAUUUCACGAGAUGCUGGCGCAGAAUUCUCGCCGUGAGGCAGUUCGCAGACGCCUGGCGUCCCUCAGCUCAAGGUUGUUACUCAGCACUAUCCUCGACUUCAGGCUGCGUCUGGUGCUGCUGGCCGCACUCACGCUGCCCUUCAUUCUGCUGGGUGGUGCCGUACACGCCCUCGCCAGCGGUCAACCCUGGUCAACCUCCGCCUAUCUAGUGUACGGCCUGCUCUUCAGGGUUCCCUCCCUGGGUGCCGUACGACUGGACGAGCCGCCCGCCAGCGCUGCCGUACUGAACGCCGUGUUCCUGUUCGGCACGUUUGGAUUCGCGAUCCUGCUGGGGCUGAUCGGGGAGGAGGUGAAGGCGACAGUCAAGGCGCUGAGGGCGGGCGGCGCCCCGCUGCUCCUCUCCGACCACGUCCUCCUCCUCAACUUCACACCCGACGCCACCGCCGUGGCGCUGCUGCGGCAGCUGGCGGAGGACGUGGUACGGCAGGGAUCGCCGCUGUACGGCAGGCCCAUUGUCGUACUGGCGGCGCCGCCUCCGCCGGUGGCGGCGUCCCCUUCGGCGGGGGCGGGGCGGGGCAGGGGUGCUGCUGCUGCUGCUGGGGGCGGUGGUGGUGGUGCGGAUGUGGAGGGGACCAUGCGGCGCGUGGUGGCGGACGCAUUGCAGGGUCGCGGCAGCUGCGAGUGGCACCUGCGGCUGGGCUCCUGCUGCCGUACGGACGACCUGGCGCGAGUGUGCGCCGCCUCAGCCGCAUACCUGGUGCUGCUGGCCGACCCGCGGGUCGCUGCCUCGGGGGAGGCGGCGGCGGCGGGAGCAGCAGCUUGCCUGCAGGCCCAGGCGCUCAUGUGUCUCAGCCUGGUGCUGCAGGGCACCCACCACCACCACCACGCCCAUGCAGGGGGCCACAAGGCAGCCUCCGGGACACUCACAUCAGCCUCCUCAUCAUCAGGCGGCACCUGGGUUCGCCGCCGCGCCCCUCCCCGCCCGCAGCCCACCGUGGUGGUGCAGGCGCCCGCAGCCGCCCCGCCUGCACAGCUGCUGCCCCCUGUGAUGAUCCCGCAGCUGCUGCUGCUGUCCCCUCCGCAGCAGCAGCAGCAGCCGCAUGUGACUGCGGGUGGGGGUGCAGGAGGCGGCGGGGGUGUGGCAGGCGGCGGCGGGCACCUCGGUCCCAUCUCCACCUUCCGCUCGCUGGCCGCUGCGGAGGGGCAGCGCAGCCUGGUGAUUGAGGUUCACGACCGCGGCAUUGUGGACCGGCUGGUGGCGCAGACGGUGCUGCAGCCGGGGGUGGCCACUGUCAUGGCAAGGCUGUUCGGCGGCAACGGUGAGGGCACUGGAUUCCGCUGGGUGGAGUGGCCCGGAGUGCCUCCCGCCACACCCGCACGUGCCAACACCACCGCAGCAGCGGCAGCUGCUGCUGCUGCUGCAGGGAAAGCCGGACUGGCCAGCCGCGGCAGCGGCGGCGGCGCCGCCAGCGGUGGCGGUGGCGCCGGCGGCAGCUACAGCCGCUUGCAUGCUACAGCCGCUGGGCUCCGCCGCCGCCGCAUGGCGCUACUGCCGAGGACCCUGUCGUACAACUCCCCUCAUCACCAAACACUGGCAGCGGCGGCAGCAGCGGCGCCGCCGCCGCCGGCUGCUGGCAGGAUCAGCGAGGGCCCCGGCUCCUCCUCCUCCGCCGCCGCCGCCGCCUGCCCGCCCUCCUCCUCCCCCCUCAUGGCCCGCAGCGGCUCCUUGGGUGGGGAGGCCUCCCCGCUGGCCCGCAUGCAGAGCGCCGGGUCGGAGCAGCUGGGAGGGGCGGACAGCGAUGACACCGCGGCGGCGGUGGCGGUGACGGUGACGGCGGCGUUUUCCUCUUCCGGGGAUGAGGCACGACGCCAGGCAGCGAGCAGCAGGCCAGUCGCAUGCGGGCCGUCUCCUUCCGGUGGCAAUGGCGGCGGCGGCGGCGGAGGAGGAGGAGGAGGUAGGGGCGGAGGCGGGGUGGCUAGGCUGCAGCUGCUGGCGGGGCGCUGCCGGCUGCCCUCCCACUUGGGGGCCAGCAGCAACGCUAACGCUACCACCGCCACUGCCGCCGCCAGCACCAGCUGUAGCUUCCGGGAGGUGCGAGCGCUGCUGGAGGCGCCGCGGCCGCCGCCCCGGCUGCAACGACUCGUAACGC